AUGUCUAUCUCAAGCAGUAUCCCAUUGAAACUUCGAUAUGAUUCCUAUUUCGCUUGUGAUCUUUCGAUUCGUAAUUCUAAAUUUCAAACACAUCUUCAAACAUUGGCUAUAUCGCCGCCAGAAACUGAGCGAAAGAUGUUCGAUUUAUUAAAUGAACAAAGCUUGUUGUUAAAUGUCGAUUUUAUUAACACAUUUAUUAAUUGUGAUGUCGUAUCUAUUCAAGCUCUCUUUCGUAAUAUCUGGUCAACGAUUCGUUGGUCUAAUUAUCAAAAUAUCAAUUUGAUGUUAAGUCUAUCGAUUCCUCUUCCCCAUCAGCAUAUAUUGGUAGAAAUCACGCUAGCUCAAGUUCAAACAAUCGGCGCUUUACGCAUUGGUGUAAGUGGUGAUAAACAUGAAGAAGACUCAUAUAAACUUAAGAAAUUAAACUUUUACGGAUCUUUUUCGAAGAAUGGAUCUGUUCUAGCACAAAUAUUACCUGUGUCUCUCACGCUAACAAAAGUGAUCAAUGAAACAUUAUCAAUGGAAGGUAAAAAGUCCAAUAUUAGUGGCAUUUACAUUCCAACAUACACGAUUGAUCUAAAUAAUUUAUUUAUUUCACGAGAUCAAUAUAUUCGUUCAACAUUGUAA